AUGCCGCCAUGCGAGCGAUCGGUGUGCCGAGUUUGUGGCCAGAAUGUGAACCUUCUCGGCUUGCACGGCCUGGGCCUGCGGCGUGCCUGGCAUGAACGACGUUGCAAAGAUCGCCGGGCCAGGCAGGACCGCGAGGACCAGCCAACGGAGCUCCUCCGUGAGGAGAACCAGAUCCAGGUGGUGUCUAAGGAGCUCGAGUGUGGCAUGCAGCAGCUGGCUGCAGAGGCCCAGACGCAGUCUUCAUCGCUUCGCGAAGAAGUGGGCGGGCAGUUGGCGCAGUGCACAUCACUGCGAGCUGCUCCCUCACAGUCAGAGGAACCCGCGACGAAGGUGUCCACCGAGCUCGAGUCUGGCAAGCAGCAGUGGGCUGCAGAGGCGCAAGCUGAGUCUGCAUCGCUGCACGAGGGAGCAGUGAAGCUGUUGGCGGAGAGCGCGUCGCCGCCAGCAGCUCUUUCACACCCAGAGGUGGUGUCUAAGGAGCUCGAGUGUGGCAUGCAGCAGCUGGCUGCAGAGGCCCAGACGCAGUCUUCAUCGCUUCGCGAAGAAGUGGGCGGGCAGUUGGCGCAGUGCACAUCACUGCGAGCUGCUCCCUCACAGUCAGAGGAACCCGCGACGAAGGUGUCCACCGAGCUCGAGUCUGGCAAGCAGCAGCGGGCUGCAGAGGCGCAAGCGGAGUCUGCAUCGCUGCACGAGGGAGCAGUGAAGCUGUUGGCGGAGAGCGCGUCGCCGCUAGCAGCUCUUUCACACCCAGAGGCCCAGACGCAGUCUUCAUCGCUUCGAGAAGGAGUGGGCGGGCAGUUGGCGCAGUGCACAUCACUGCGAGCUGCUCCCUCACAGUCAGAGGAACCCGCGACGAAGGUGUCCACCGAGCUCGAGUCUGGCAAGCAGCAGCGGGCUGCAGAGGCGCAAGCGGAGUCUGCAUCGCUGCACGAGGGAGCAGUGAAGCUGAUGCGAAGCCGAUGGGCACAUAUGUCGCAGCUCCUACGAGGUGAUUGCGCUCCACGUGCCUUGGUGCAUGACAUUGAAGCCAACUUUGAAUGGAGGAACGAGGCUCUUGCACGCAAGCUCCUCUGGGAGGAAGUGAUACCUCGACCAAUCCUCCGCGGGGAUUUGCGCAAUACCGUGCGAGUCAUCGAAGCACCAAGGGCAUUUCCGGGAGACAUCCUCCGUUUGAGGGUUCCUCCAAUUGUGCUCGCAAAAUUUGCGGAGGCACCGGAUAUGCUUCAUUGGCGCUGUGCCUUUCGUGGGCCGUUGCUGGAACCACAGGUCCUGGUCGCGGUCCUUCGACAGAUGAUUUUGGAUGAUAGGCCAGACGUUCUGGAAACGUGUUGCAAUAUGGCCUUGACGGAGCAUCCUAUGACAUUGAGGGCGUCAUUACAGAGGUCUUGUGAUAGUUUGCUCUACCUGGCACGACUGGCUGACAUGCUGCGUCAGCAGUGCCCGCGUGUGGUUACAGAGAUCAUCGAGGAGCUGUACUCCCUAGCAUUUGACGGUCGUUGGAAGGUUCGCUUGGCGGCAACCGUGAUGGUGUCGAGACUUCGCGGUGAGACUUUGUGA